UGGCAUUUCCUCCAACUCCUACAAUUGGGACGACAAGGUGGUAUCGACGAUGUUGGAUAUUUUGGUUGCACUGAUUGCGGGAGCUUUUACUCUGUGUGCAGCUAUUAUACAAGGACCAUUGGCUGCCCGUGGCAACAAGAAAAGUAAUGGUCAUCCCAAGAAGAGUAAUGGCACAGAAGCCAACAGGGACGAUACAGGAAUAUUAACCAACCGUAGCAACAAGAAGAGUAAUGGUCAUCCCAAGAAGAGUAAUGGCACAAAAGCUAACGAGGACGAUGCAGGAAUAUUAACCGACCAUAGCAACAAAAAGAGUAAUGGUCAUCCCAAGAAGAGUAAUGGCACCAAAGUCAACGGGGACGAUGCAGGAAUAUUAACCAACCGUAACAACAAGAAGAGUAAUGGUCAUCCCAAGAAGAGUAAUGGCACAGAAGCCAACGAGGACGAUACAGGAAUAUUAACCAACUGUAACAACAAGAAGAGUAAUGGUCAUCCCAAGAAGAGUAAUGAUGAAGCUAACCAAAAAUUAGCGUCACUUAAGGAGGCGGCUAAGAAUCUGACGCAAAAAGGGAAGAAGAUUCGGAGGAAACAGCAUGAAGUAGUCAACUCUUAUAGAAGCCAAGUUACAGCACUCAUGCUACUUAGCCUAUUUUAUGGCGUUGCCUCUAUCUAUCUCCAACUAAGUUACACCGAUGAGGUUAAGAUGACAAUUCUCUUCUUCUUUGCCUUCGGGGUUGCCCUUAGGACGGCAUUGACGAAGCUCGAGAAAAUAUCUCAGUUGACUGGGGACCUCAGGACAGGGCGGAAAGAUUUGCAGGAGCGAGUCAAAGCUUUUAAAGGAUUAUUUGGAAAGCGUUCGGAUCAGAUAGAUAGGCAAAUUGCGGGGCUGGAGAAAGCCAUGGCUGAGGCCAUGGAGCUAUCUAAAUCAAUAUAUAAGCAGGCCAACUCAUUCGAUCUUUUCCCGCUCCCUCUCGCAGCUUGUGCAGUUGCAUGUGGGCGCUGUAUCCCUGGUCUUUCCCUCUUGCAGUUUGUGCAGUUGCUUAUGGGCUCUGUUUUCCUCUGGUGGCUCGCCUCUACGCAUCCCACUCUGCUGCUUUCAACCAUUCUGCAAGGCUGUCUAUAUAUUAGUGCUAAUCCACAGUGGGGAAGGACUGGGAUUAAGGGCGCUGCCCUGAGGAGGUGAACUAUGAAGCAAUCAACAGGGCGGGCUCAAGGCAUAGGCCUAGGCCUCCAAAAAGGGGGUUCCAAAAAUUGGCAGCCCAUUUACCUAUUUUUCCACUUGUGUUUUGUGUGUUUUGCUGGAAAUUUCAGAAAUAAACUGAAAAUUUUGUUGUUUUCAGAAGCAAAUAUGUUGUAUUUAGAGACACCAGUUGGAGUGGGUUUUUCUUAUUCUAGUGAUUACCUCCUCCUAUGUGGCUGUAAAUGAUGAAUCAAUUGGUAAUCUCCAAUGUUCUUUGAGA